AUGGAUCACUUCUUUGAAUAUAACUUUUAUGUAGAUACUAUCCUACGUGAAAUUUUAACCUAUGCUGGCAGCAGACGUAUUCUGUUAUCAUGCUUUGAUCCGAAUGUAUCUGUGAUUUUACAUGAAAAUAAAGCUAAAGGUACUUUAAGUAUAUUUAAACGUGAACGAUGCAUUGAAAGCUCAUCGUAUACACUGGAUGAAUAUGAGAAUAAACUGAGUGAUUCGUCAUUACAACAACAAACUCUUCCAAAUCGAUCAAGUUGUUUUACUGACAAUUCUGUAUUAUUCAGCAUACCUAAACACGAUGACAGUAAUAAUAUUAAUAAUGAAGUAGUUGAAUUACAACAUCAGAAGAUGGUGGAUGAUACAUCAGCUGGAAGUGAUUAUUAUAGUUAUCAUCCUAGUAAUUCAAUUAAUAAGCAUAAUAGUGACAAUGAUGAUGGUGGUGGUGAUGGCGCAAAGAAUAUUGACAAUGAUAAAGUAGUGCUACUACAGAAUACAAUCAAAUCUGGUAAUGGGAAACAAUCAACCAAUUCAGUUGUUAAUGUGAUUAAUUGUGAUAAUGAAAUUGGUGAGAAUACGUCAAUUAUAUCAUCAUCAUCAUCGUCGUCGUCGUCGUCGACCGCAACAUUCGAAGGUCAACAGCCACCGCCACCUCCAGAACAACAACAACAACAAUCGAAACAACAAAAAGAACAACAUUCUAUGCCACUUAUAACAAUUGCUUAG